AUGUCCCUAGCGACCCCGGGUAGUAAGCGCAGCCGUCUCCGACAGUUGCUCUCCUUCCGUAGUUCCACUUCCCCGAGCAAACCAAACUCCCUAGCAGCAUCCCCAGCAGCAUCCCCAGCAGCAUCCCCAGCUCCUGCCACGCAGUCUAACGCUUCGGGAACGUCGACUGCGACGCAGCAAGAUUUCCAAACCCGAGUUUUCCUUCUUCUCUCCCGGCAGGACCAAGACACCAUUCAACAACACAGCGUGACGAAAACGACCGAUGUGGAUGCACUCUUACGGCAAGCCCUCGCGGCGACGAAGGAGAAGCAGACGACAUGCCAGGCGACAAGAUGGACUUGGACAUUUCGCGGACAUACUGUCACCUUACAAGAAGAGGCAGACAAUGUUAUAAAAUGGUUAGAUCGCUUUAAGCAGGUGGGAGAUGUUGCCUCCAACGUCGAUCCUGUGCAUGUGGGACUUCCGUGGGCAGGCAUUCGUCUUCUUUUGGAGGCCGCAAUUUCCGCGCAAAGCCAGAUGGCGGCUCUCCUCCUUGGUCUCGAAACAGCACUCUACCUCUCGACCCGUCUCCAAGUGUACAUGGCGUAUUUGACCACUCUUCCGGCUAGUCAGGCUCGUACCGAUUUGGAAACCUGCUUGGUCGAGUUUUAUGCGUUGAUAUUACAAUUUCUCGCAGGCGCGGUUCGCAUCUAUCAAAGAGGCAGUAUCACACGUGCGUUUGACGCAUUCUGGCGAAUCGAAGAUGUGUCGACCUUUGAGAAUGCCUGCAAUAAAAUGGCCAGCCGUGCCGAGAUCGAGGCGAGCAACUGUGAUCGAGAAUUGAACGCUACUGCCCGAGCAGCGGUGAAGCGGCAACAAGAAGAUCUCCGGCAAGUCUUGAAGCAGUUAGAAGCCAUACAUCUUAUACGGACUGGCAUCGAUAGACUAGAGGCUAAAUUCGACCUCAGCAAGCUCCCGGUGGCAACGGGGGCCGCUUUCAACUCUCACAAAAGCGAACGCGAUGCUCGAUGUCACCCAGACACUCGGGUAGACUUACUCCGAGGGAUCUAUGACUGGGCCGAUGACAUCGAUGGAAAAUGCAUUUUUUGGUUGAGAGGUUCGGCAGGGAUGGGUAAGUCGACGAUAUGUCGCACGGUCGCCAAGGCGUUUGCCGACAAAGGGCGGCUGGGCGCCAGUUUCUUCUUCAAGCGAGGCGAGCAAGAUCGUGAGAAUGCGAGUCUCUUCUUCACCACUAUUGCGGUCGACUUAGUCGGCCAGAUACCGGAAUUAGCAACCCCCAUUCACCAGGCGAUCGAUAAGGACCCCGGGAUCGCCCGCGAAACUUUGAGGGAACAGUUCGAAAAGCUUAUCUAUCAGCCUUUGGCCGGCCUUGGUCCUACCUCGUCUACAAGACCAAUCUUAGUUCUCGAUGCGCUGGACGAGUGUGACCGAGAAGGAGAUAUACGCACUAUUCUCUCUCUCCUGGCUAGUUUACGGCGACUCAGUUCAGUCCAGAUACGAGUCUUUCUGACCAGUCGACCGGACCUACCGAUCAAUCUCGGUUUUGCACAAAUCGGCACUGAAACCCAUCGCGAUGUCGCUCUUCACGAUAUUCCACCUUCCACGAUCCGCAAUGACAUCUCCAUCUACCUGGAAAGUGAAUUCCAACGGAUUCGCGAUGAGCAUAACUGUCUUUGGCCAAAAGAUCAAGCACUGGCUCCCCACUGGCCAGGCAGGCAGACUCUAGAGUCCUUAAUUCAACUGUCCGUUCCACUUUUCAUUGUGGCUGCCACGAUUUCCCGCUACAUUGGUGACCUUCACGGGGACCCCCACGACCGACUGGCGACGUUUCUCGUUCAGCUCAACACCGGGAAAAUGACCCAAAUGGAGCAAACGUAUCUUCCGGCGCUCCGGCAGAUAUUAGUCGACGUCGAGGAGCCCAAAGAAAAGGAUAAGCUUUGUCACGAUUUCCGUGAAAUUGUGGGUUCGAUCAUUCUCUUGGCCAAUCCCUUGUCCACGAUUUCCCUCUCCCAAUUACUCCAGAUUCCUAGACGGAAAAUUGAUCAACAGCUACGACUUCUUCACUCGGUGCUGUCUGUGCCUCCCAACCCUGAUACGCCGGUUACGUUGUUCCACCUCUCCUUCCGGGAAUUCCUCGUGAAAGAAAGCAACUCUGAUCAAGCACGACUAUUUGCGAUUGAUGAGUCCUGCGCGCAUAAAAAACUGAGCGAUAAAUGCCUUGCAUUACUUCAGAGUUCUGACGGUCUUCGAAAGGAUAUCUGCCAACUACAGCACCCUGGCGUCUUACGGGAAGACAUCGACGAGACCACCGUCACCGAACACAUUCCGCCUUCUCUCCGAUAUGCCUGCCGCUACUGGGUCUACCACCUCCAGCACAGCGGACAAAAGAUCCGUGACGAUGAUGUCGCUGCCAAUUUCCUACGGAAGCACUUUCUACAUUGGCUCGAAUCGUUGAGCCUUCUGGGGAGCAUCUACGAGAGCGUUAACUUCGUCGUCACAUUACAAUCGCUGGUGGCAGAAGAGAACAGCCAAAUAUCGGCCUUUAUACAAGAUGCGCGACGGUUUGUGCUAACAUUCAAUCCUAUUCUUGCGCAAGCGCCGUUACAGGCGUAUGCUAGUGCUUGGCAUUUUAGCCCACUCGCCAGCAUUGUCCGCAACGAUUUCCAGGAUCAAGCAUUACAAAGUGUCCGAGUGAUAAGAGAAAUCCCAGAGCGGUGGAGUGCAUGCUUACUAAUUUAUGAGGGCCACUCCAGCUGGGUCAGCAGCGUGGUCUUCUCGCCUGACGGGUCGCGCGUCGCCUCUAGCUCCGACGACAACACCGUACGACUGUGGGAUGUACAGACGGGUGCGUGCGAGCAGACACUCGAGGGUCACUCCGGCACGGUCUACAGCGUGGUCUUCUCGCCUGACGGGUCACGCGUCGCCUCUGGCUCUAGCGAUAACACUGUACGACUGUGGGAUGUACAGACGGGUGCGUGCGAGCAGACACUCGAGGGCCACUCCAGCUCGGUCAAUAGCGUAGUCUUCUCGCCUGACGGGUCACGCGUCGCCUCUGGCUCUAACGACAACACCGUACGACUGUGGGAUGUACAGACGGGUGCGUGCGAGCAGACACUCGAGGGCCACUCUAACUGGGUCAGUAGCGUGGUCUUCUCGCCUGACGGGUCACGCGUCGCCUCUGGCUCCAGCGAUAACACUGUACGACUGUGGGAUGUACAGACGGGUGCGUGCGAGCAGACACUCGAGGGCCACUCCAGAUCGGUCAGUAGCGUGGUCUUCUCGCCUGACGGGUCACGCGUCGCCUCUGGCUCUAACGACAACACUGUACGACUGUGGGAUGUACAGACGGGUGCGUGCGAGCAGACACUCGAGGGCCACUCUAACUCGGUCAGUAGCGUGGUCUUCUCGCCUGACGGGUCACGCGUUGCCUCUAGCUCCUACGAUAAUACGGUUCGGAUGUGGGAUGUUACUACUGGAGCUGAGUUACUAUGCUACAAUUCUCACACCUACGACAACUAUAUCAAAUUUAUUGACAAUGGCUCAAAUAUUCUAGCUAAUGGUGAAGUCAUCAAUAUUCCGCAACAGUUACCACGACCUACUGUUACAACAACGCAAUCACCUAACUUUAACUUACCAUCCGGUAGUGAAUUCGGAGUCACUGGUGACUGGAUUACAUGGAGCUCACAGAGAGUAUUAUGGCUACCACCUGAAUAUCGUCCUACAUCUUGGCGAGGCCAAAGCGAUAUUAUUGUCAUCGGGAGCGGAAAUGGUCAUGUUACUAUUGUGCGUUGGACUGUGUAG